AGGGAGAAAAAACUACAGAAGACGGCUAAUUUGAUCGAUUUCUUUUUACACUUUAACCGAAAGAAAACAUAAUGCCACCGCGUUCCUCAUUUGACCAAAAGGAAUAAUUUUUAAUCGUUGUCCUAUUAGAUUUCUUUCUUUUUUUUUUUUUUUUUUUUUGCCGUGUCCGCGGCGAGUUAGCAUACCGGCUAGCGGACAAGCUAACUGGGCUACUUACACCAUGUCAAGUGCUCGUCUCUUCUGACUGGGAUGACGAAACCAGUUAGUCAAGAUCUGGGAAUUAUUAACAUUCACGCUCAACUCAUCAAACAUCCCCGAUGAGUGGAACCGCUAUGAAGAGCUGCUCGACAAGAACUGCAGUUAUUUGCACUAAUCUAAUCAUUGGGGAAAGGGCCUUUGUGAUGUCAACAGCCUUUGGUCUCGUGUGCAUGGCCGUACAGAAAGUGACAGUGGAUUUAAGUUGCUUCUCAGGCAAGUUGACACAUCCAGAAAUGUAUUAAAAUUGAUGAUUAAAUGGCAAAAUGACAUCCAAUUAAUCAAUGUAUUUGGGCUACGUGUCACACAUCCUGCUUCCAGUAGAUCCGGGUGACAGCAUGGAAAAGUAAACAAUUACAUGCUAAUGCCUGGUAACCAGUGAAAUGACACAUUUACAACUUUGUUGCUCAGUGCAAGUGGUUGGGCCUUCACUGUGUAAUCCUUCAGUGGCGUUGAUCAGUUUCUAGCUACUAUUGAAAUAAAACGCCGAGAGACUAAUCGAGAGCCAAAUCAAGUUGAAUCCACAUGGCUGCACAUCUGGCCACGAUGCCAGCCGCACUGUUCCUCUUGAUGCUGAUCCCGGCGUUAUGUAGCCUGGGACGUGCCAUGUCGCGGGACGAGAAGCAAAAGUUGAGGACCCAAGUGGUAGAGAUGUUUGACCACGCGUACCAGAAUUACAUGGACCAUGCUUACCCAGCCGACGAGUUGAUGCCUUUAACAUGCAGAGGAAGAGUACGAGGCCUGGAACCCAGUCGGGGCGACGUGGACGAUGCGCUUGGAAAGUUCUCGUUGACCCUCAUAGACACUUUGGAUACUCUUGUGCUUUUGAACAAGACGGUGGAGUUCGAGGCUGCGGUCAGGAGAGUCCUGUCAGACGUCAGGUUGGACAAUGACAUCGUGGUGUCGGUUUUUGAAACCAACAUUCGAGUCCUCGGGGGUCUGUUGGGCGGCCACUCCAUGGCUGUGAUGCUGAAGGAAGAAGGCCAACACAUGCGGUGGUACCAGGACGAGCUGCUGCACAUGGCCAAAGACCUGGGCCUCCGACUGCUGCCCGCCUUCAACACCAGCAGCGGCCUUCCUUACCCCAGGGUGAACCUUAGGUACGGUGUCAGGGGUCCUGAGACGCGGACGGGUACGGAAACGGACACCUGUACGGCGUGCGCGGGAACCAUCAUCCUGGAGUUUGGUGCCUUAAGUCGCUUCACUGGCGAUCCUGUAUUUGAGGCCCAUGCCCGGAGAGCCCUGGACUUUCUUUGGGAGAAGAGGCAGAGGAACAGCAAUCUGGUGGGGACCACCAUCAACAUCCACUCAGGAGAGUGGGUCCGCAGAGAUAGUGGAGUUGGAGCGGGAAUUGACUCGUACUAUGAAUACCUACUCAAGGCCUACGUCCUCCUGGGUGACGACCAGUUUCUGCAGCGGUUCAAUAUUCACUAUGCAUCCAUAAUGAAGUACAUUAGCCAGCCUCCCCUGCUGUUGGACGUCCACAUCCACAAACCUCUGCUUCCCGCACGCACCUGGAUGGACUCUUUGUUGGCUUUCUUCCCCGGGCUGCAGGUGUUAAAGGGAGACAUCCGUCCAGCCAUCGAGACUCAUGAAAUGUUGUAUCAAGUUACCAAGAAACACAACUUCCUACCAGAGGCCUUCACUACUGAUUUCAGGGUACACUGGGCUCAGCAUCCUCUGAGGCCAGAGUUUGCAGAGAGCACCUAUUUCCUUUACAAGGCCACGGGAGACCCGUACUAUCUUGAAGCGGGGCGCACCAUCAUGGACAACCUCAACCGCUUUGCUCGGGUCCCGUGCGGUUUCGCUGCCAUGAAGGACGUGCGGACCGGCAGCCACGAGGACCGAAUGGACUCUUUCUUCCUUGCCGAGAUGUUCAAGUACCUUUUCCUGCUUUUCGCUGAUACGGAGGACCUACGCUUCAACGUGGAGGAUUACAUCUUCACGACCGAAGCACAUCUUUUGCCUCUGUCACUCUCCACAGCGCCUCAUGCUCCAUCUGUCCCCCCAAAUAGAACGAUCCCUCAGUCGGAGCAGGAGCUGGACGACUCGAACUUCGACUGGACCUGCCCCAACACGCGCCUCCUCUUUCCCGACCCAGCCUUCCCUCGUAACCUGAGGGAACCGAUUCGUAGCGCCGUGGAUAAAAGCUGCCCGCGUCCUGCUCCUUACAGGGAGCCCGGCAUGGGAGCCCCUCCUCUGAGAGCCCAGGACUUUAUGGCCAACAGCCCGGAACAUCUGGAGCUGCUGAGGAGGAUGGGCGUCAGCCUCAUCCACCUGAAGGACGGCAGGGUGCAGCUGGUGCAGCACGCCGCGCAGGCGGUGAGCCCCAUAGCCGCCGAGGACGGCGUCCGCUUCAUGCAGGAGAUGAUGGAGCUUUCUAGCCAGCAGCAGAAGGAGCAGCUGCCCCCCCGAGCCAUUCAGAUCGUCUCGCAUCCGUUCUUCGGCCGCGUGGUGCUGACCGCCGGCCCGGCGCAGUUCGGCACGGACUUGUCCAAAAGCUCCACGGGGGUGCGAGGCUUUGUCACCGUGGCCGAGCCCUACACCGGCUGCAGCGAGAUCACCAACGGCGAGUACGUGCGGGGCCACAUCGCUCUGCUGCAGCGGGGCCAGUGCAUGUUCGCGGAGAAGGCGCGGCACAUCCAGAAGGCCGGCGCCAUCGGAGGCAUCGUCGUCGACGACAACGAGGGAAGCAGCAGCGACACGGCGCCUCUCUUCCAGAUGGCCGGCGACGGCCGCAACACGGACGACAUCACCCUGCCCCUCCUCUUCCUCUUCCACAAGGAGGGCAACAUCCUGCUGGAGGCGCUGAAGGAGUACAGAGAGGUGGAGGUUCUGCUCAGCGACAAAGCCCGAGACCGAGCUGCCAUAUUCAAAGGCGCCGACGUCCGCGAGGCGGAGGAGGACUGCCAAACCGAGGCCACCACGCCCGCUUCCUCCGUGCCCAUUGGCCAGCCGUCGGAGUCGAGGGCGGCGGAAUCCGAGUCGGAGGCGACGUCAUCGCAGGAAGAUCGAGACACGAGUCCGUCCCAAAGAGAGGACGUCAGGCCGACGGAGGCCGAAGCGCCCAAAGCGGACGCGGGGGAGAAAGAGGAGGGCCGCGUUGACGCCGACGCCGCCGGCCGAUCGGCGGACGAGCUUCUGGCCGAUUGGCGGGACGACCUGGAGGCCUUCCGGCAAAUGGAAAAAGACGAGCUUUGAUGCUCCCAAUCAAACGGUGAACUUUAACACCGACGUGUCCGCGGACGCCGCGCGGUGCCAAGGCAAGGCUGGCCACACCGGCCAUCGGCGAACCACGAUGGAGUCCUCUUAGACCUGCUUGACGACGGAUGAGAGAGCAGGUUUCUUACCUACAGUGGCAAAAUUCUGUGAAUUUUUAAAGUUGGAAACUUUCCAUGGGAAUUAUCGGGGGAGUUUGCAGUUUUUAAAGCACUAGCAAGAUUUGAAUGUAGCCUCACCUCACUAAUUAUUUUCCAGAUGUGGAUAUUGCGCCAUAGUUUCAGCAAAGCUCCUGAAGCCCAAGCUAACAGGUCGGCACGUGGCUACGGGGCUGUGCCGGUCACCGGCUAUGAGUGUGCCCGCAAGUGCACGGCGAACACCUUGUGGGUCACACAUUUUGUCUGUGAUAGGUUGUUCUUCCUCAGGCGCGGCAGUUUUGUAAUUAAAAACACAAACUUCCCCUUUUUUGACAGGGAUUUAAGGGAAUUAAUAUCAUAAGGAAUUUAAAUAUGGUUAGUAAAAAUAUCUUGUAGCAUAAUCUCCUGACAAUAAUCAGAUUUCACCUCAGCAAAUCAUGGCCAUUUCGGAGCAUUGUGUUGUCUUUGCAAAUACAGUGCUACCUUGCCUAAUGAGAGCCAUCGUCUGUUUUCUUCUUGUUUUGUGUGGCGCAAAUUUUUGUUACGAGAGCUCUGCAGAUACACCGCCACUUGAGUAGAGUAAAAAAAACAAAACAAUGGAGCAAUUAAGGUACUGUGAUGCCCUUGCAUGUGGGCAAGGAGAGCUAUCGCUUUUAUGUGAAUGUCUGCUCAUGACAAAACAUGUUUAUCAAAUUAGCCAUAUUUCUCUUGCAUUCCCAUGUAAAGUUUUCAAUUUGGAAUAUUUCCAAAAUUCCCCAGUUGAAAUUCUCUUGGAAAUGUACCGGAAUUUUCUUACCUCACUCUGUCUGACAUUUCUUUACCACGAAAAAAAAAACAAAAAAAACCACAAAUUAUUAUCAAGGAGACAGAUUUGGUGUAUAUUUUUUUAAUUUUUAAUUUUUAAAGACCGGUGUUUCCCAACUAACAUUUAUUGUGCCAAGGCACGUAAAUGACCCUAAAUUUGGGCCAGUCAGCUUUCGGGUGAAAUUUCAAUAACCCAAAGAAGUGUAUUUACAUUCUAAUUACCUCACGGACCACCGCCAUACAAAAGUCACACAAAGUAUAUACAGUAUACUGACAUAAUUCAUUGUGUGUAAUCUCACAACUACAAUGCCGUAGUAUGAAAUUUGGCCUCGUUUAUCCAUCCAUCCAUCCAUUCUCUACCGCUUAUCCGGGUCGGGUCGCGGGGGCAGUAGCUUCAGCAGGGACGCCCAGACUACCCUCUCCCCAGCCACUUCAUCCAGCUCUUCCGGGGGGAUCCCGAGGCGUUCCCAGGCCAGCCGAAGGAUGUAGUCUCUCCAGCGCGUCCUGGGUCGUCCCCGGGGUCUCCUCCCGGUGGGACAUGCCCGGAACACCUCACCAGGGAGGCGUCCGGGAGGCAUCCGAAUCAGAUGCCCCAGCCACCUCAUCUGGCUCCUCUCAAUGCGGAGGAGUAGCGGCUCUACUCUGAGAUCCUCCCGGAUGACCGAGCUUCUCACCCUAUCUCUAAGGGAGAGCCCGGACACCCUGCGGAGGAAACUCAUUUCGGCCGCUUGUAUCCGGGAUCUUGUUCUUUCGGUCACGACCCACAGCUCAUGACCAUAGGUGAGGGUAGGAACGAAGAUCGACCGGUAAAUUGAGAGCUUCGCCUUUCGGCUUAGCUCUUUCUUUACCACAACGGACCGAUACAAAGUCCGCAUCACUGCAGACGCUGCACCGAUCCGCCUGUCGAUCUCCCGUUCCAUUCUUCCCUCACUCGUGAACAAGACCCCAAGAUACUUGAAUUCCUCCACUUGGGGCAGGAUCUCAUCCCCGACCUGGAGAUGGCAUGCCACCCUUUCCCGACUGAGGACCAUGGUCUCAGUUUAGUUAAACACAAAGCUAUUAUUCUGUUGUAUGAAUGGCAACAUGUUUUCUGUCAUCUAGUAGGAGAACAUUUAAUUGUUUUGCUUGUGACUGUAAGUCACUGGCAUAAAUAGAUGAACAAAUAUAAAGUAAAGAAUUUUUCUGGGCCAAUUAAGGGGCGUUUUCUAAUUUCCCGCUAUGUGGUUGGGAAUCAUUGAUCUCGACCUCCACCAAUACAGGGGGAAAAAAGGAAAUCACACUUUGGUUUGACUUUUCAGUCUGAAUUUUGUCAUUAAUUGUAAUUAUGAAACUGAACAAAAGUACCAUAAAAAUCAACAGAAUUUUCUUUCUUUUCUUUGCUUAAUUUAAUUAACAUCAGCAGCUCCUUGGUGGAGGUAAUUAAUUGUGCUGGUGUCCUCUAUGCAUUUCAGUCUUUUUGUAAAAAAGAAAAGAAAAAAAUCUCAAAUGAUUGUCGCCCAGCGUCAUUCAUCCUCCAGUAGAUCUUGUUUAAAAUUAAAAUGUGAUUAGGGUUUCAUGUGAAACAUGAAGUAUGUGGAAGGGGUCUAAUUCUGCAUCAACGGCUGCCACUUUUUAUAGUGUCCUAAUGAUGACAAACUAAACAUCAUGUCGCCUCCCAGUAAGGAAGUCACUAAACAUUGUAAAUAAAUACACUACUCACAAAAUGUUUGAGAUACUUAGCUUUUGGCUAAAAGUCCUAAAAAGCCCCUAAAAAUAGAUAUUUUUGUUUGGGCUGGAACGAAUUAAUUGCAUUUCAGUUCAUUGCACUGUGAAAAGGUGAUUUGAGAUGCAAAAGUUUUGCGAUAAGAGCGUAUCGAGAUUUUGUGAGUCGUGUAUUCGUCAGUGUUUAUUGACUUAAGUACCACAAAAGCUGUUAGCUCAGUUUUGGUUUCGUCACUGCAGGAAAGUGUCAUGUCCAUAUUGGCCACAGAGGGGCGCUAAACUAACUAAAUGAUGAUGAUGAUGCGCAGGAAGAAGAUGAUAAAUGAUGAUGAUUAACUUAAUAAAACUUAAGACUUGUAAGAACUGUCUUCCUUCUGUUUGAACAUAAAAAUAUAAGAGAUGUCAA